AUGGGAGGACCCAAUCUCGAGGUUUUCAAAUUUAGUCUCUACCUCUUUGUUCCCAUUGCAGCACUCGUUCAUUUCGGGGACCCAGAAUGGUAUAGGCGUCACGUCGUUCCGUAUCGGGAUAAGCUCUUCCCCUCUCUUGAUAGAACCAUACAGCAAAUACCAACGGACCAGAGCGGCGUACGAGAGGAACUCGCCAGGAUCAAAUCAGAGAGGUUGGCAAAACGCGCGGCGCGAGAGGCAGAAGAGGCCGAAGCUAAGGCAAGAGAAUGA